AUGGAAGAAAGUGAUUCCCCUGGAGAUCUGAGGGUUCACCACGACAUUACCAAUACUGACUCUACAACGCUCAGCUUCAGCUGCACAUACCCUCUGGUGGUGAAUGUGAGCCAGACUAACCCUUACCCAGUGGUCUCCUUCCCAUAUACCACCAUCCAUAUUCCGGGCACUGGGGACACCAUUGUCAUCCUGGGCAUCUUCACAGAUCCUCAGCUCUCUUCUCCACUUGAGAACAGACCAGUCCCCCUUGGCAAGCCUCUCUACAUGGUCCUCAGAGCCACAAGCAGUGACCCAGACAGAUUUGCCCUGGUGGCCAAUGAGGUCUUUGCCAGCACCAACAUCUCCAGGACGGGUGCUGUUAAGGCCACAUACUACUUUGUGAAGGAGAGCUGCCCAGCCAGCGACCGGCUGCUCGGGGGCCUGCGGGCCAACGGGGCCUCCCUGGAAGUGACGCUAGCCUUCAACCUAUUCCGCUUCUCGACCAGCGAUAUGCUCUACCUGCACGGCCGAGUGACCCUGUGUGACAAGCAGGCGGGACGCCCGUGUCCGCCGACUUGUAGUCAGAAGAGUCCGCCUGGGAGGAAUCGAGCCUGGGAGAUCUCAGCUCUGGAGGGCCUGAAUAGCGGCGCUGGCUGGCUGGUGUUCGGGCCCAUUCGAUUAAAUGAGCCCAGUGCCUCCAGCAGCAGGAGUAUGGCAGGAUCCUGGAUGGCCAUCUUUCUUCUGGUGGUGAUAGGUUGGAUGCUAGGAUAAAAUCCUGCCCAGACACCUCCCCCAACUCUAGUCCUUAGCCUUUAGUUUAGUUGCCUGAGUCAAGGGUAGGGUGGAGGAAGAUUUAGGGAGAGGCAAGUAGUCCGUCCUCUUGUUAGGGACCAGAGAGGUUGAGGGUGAAGAUGGAAUCCAUGUGUGACCCAACUACUGUCUGGUAAGGAGUGUGACCACUGAGCCUUGGGCAGUGCUUCCUCGUCCCACAUUCCCUUCCCAUCUCUGGAACUCUUCCAGGGGUGGGAUUGGCCAGCCCUGUAUGGUAAGGGGCAGGGCAGAGGGUAUGGCCAAUAAACAGCAGGGAACUUUCCUACUUUGUCUGACUCCUUUUCUGUGUUAUCAGACCACAAAGCUUCAAGGCUUUAGGAAGAAUGGUGUGUUUGUGUGUGUGUGUGUGCAUACAUGUGAGAAUGUGUGUACAUGUGAGAAGUGACUUUGUUCUCUAUGGGUCUCAGUUCCCCCAUUUGUAAAAUGAAAGAAUUUGACCACAUGAUCUCUGCUUCAACAUGGGGACUCCAUGA